UUCUUUCCUUGUCGGCCUGGGUCUGGGCGCGUGAGGCGUGAAAAGGGGCGCGGCUAUAUCCAGGAGGGCGUGGCCUCGGGGCCGCGCGCCGCUUGCUCCGCCCCCUCUCCCUCGUGCUGCUGGUGCUGCUGCUGCCUGGCAGGCAGGAGGGAAGGCAGGCCGGCCGACGGGCGUGCGCGCGGGCGGGCAGGCGAGGCGCGCGAGCCGCCCUUUCCUGCCCGCCGGGCCAUGGAGGCGCCCUUUCUGCUGUACCUGGAGGCCGGCUCCCGCAAUGGCAGCAGCGGCAUGGGCGCGCCGUCCCGCAACGGGAGCUCCGCCUGGGCGCCGCUGCCGGGCUACUCCCCGCCGGCCGUGGCCUGCCUGGCCGCCUUGGUGGGCUUCCUGAUCGCCUUCACCAUCGCGGGCAACGUGCUGGUGGCGGUGGCGGUGCUGAGCGGCGGGGGCGGGGGCGCGCUCCGGGCCCCGCAGCACCUCUUCCUGGUCUCGCUGGCGGGCGCGGACGUGCUGGUGGCGGCGCUGGUGAUGCCCUUCUCGCUAGCCAACGAGCUGCUGGGCGCCUCCUUCGGGCGGGCCUGGUGCCGGCUGUACCUGGCGCUGGACGUGCUGCUCUGCACGGCCUCCAUCGGGCACCUCUGCGCCAUCAGCCUGGACCGGUACUGGUCGGUGACGCGCGCCGUGGAGUACGGCAGGCAGAGGAGCCCCCGCCGCGUCAAGGCCGCCGUGCUCCUCGUCUGGCUCCUCUCCGCCGCCAUCUCCUCCCCGCCGCUGCUCCUCGGGGAAGCCGAGGCCGAGGGGGAGGACGUCCAGUGCCGCCUCAACGACCAGACCUGGUACAUCCUCUCCUCCUGCGCGGGAUCCUUCUUCGCGCCCUGCCUCGUCAUGCUCCUCGUCUACGUCCGCAUCUACCGCGUGGCCAAGACCCGCUCCGGGAAGCAGCGGGCCGGCGAGGACGCCUUGAGCGACGUGGAGCCGGAAGACAGCAGCGGAGGGGGAGGAGGAGAAGGCAAGGAUCCCCGCGGCCUGGGGUCCCGAUCCAGCCGGCGGCGCCGCCAAUCCGGGUACUUCUUCUCCACGCGCCGCCGCCGCCGCCGCCCGGCCUCGGACGGGCUGAAGCAGGCGCGCGAGAAGCGUUUGACCUUCGUGCUGGGCGUGGUGGUGGGCGCCUUCGUGCUCUGCUGGUUCCCCUUCUUCUUCUGCUACAGCCUCUACGGGAUCUGCCGCCAGGCCUGCCCCGUCCCCGAGCCCCUCUUCAAGUUCUUCUUCUGGAUCGGCUACUGCAACAGCUCCCUCAACCCGGUCAUCUACACCGUCUUCAACCAGGACUUCCGCCGCUCCUUCAAGCGCAUCCUCUUCGGGAGGAGCCGGAGGAGGAGGAGGAGGACGCUCAAGGACCGGCUCUUCUCCCUCCACUGACCUCCCCGCCACCAGGAAGGAAGGAAGGAA